AUGUAUAUUACGUAUAUGUGUGACCGUGCACGCGUUUCUCUCCUUCGUCCAUCAGAACCUCUAUUGUAAAACGAAAGGGGAAUGAAAAUAGUGUUUUGUGAAUAGUGCGAGAUCGGGUUUUUGUGUUCGGUUCAUUUUAUCGCGCAGUGCCCAAAUAAACGUGGAUUAAAGACGCAUCCCCGUGAGACGCGAGAACAGCAACGGACCAGCCGGCGAGAGAGAGAGAGAGAGAGAGGAUCCCCGAUGGUGGAACAGUGGGGGACGACCGUUGGCGUUUCUCCAAGAUCCUGAGAAUGUCCACGGAACGAUCGGGAAACCAAGGAAUGGAUCAUGAAGUGACCGCGCACAAAGGACACUCUGGACACGUGUGAUUCCUUGCGAAGUAUUUAGCCACAAUUAAGAUGUACCCCGCGCCGGCGAGACACCCAGCCGCUGCCGGUGGCGGAGGAAGCGGCGGGGCUGCGGGAGGGCUGAAAUUCACGGUGGCUGACACUUGCGAGAGGAUCAAAGAGGAAUUCAAUUUCAUCCAGCAACAGAACCACUCACUGAAGAUCGAAUGCGAGAAGCUGGCCAGCGAGAAGACCGAGAUACAGAGGCAUUACUUCAUGUACUACGAGAUGUCCUACGGCAUCACCGUGGAGAUGCACAAGCAGACGGAGAUCGCCAAGCGGUUGAACGCGAUAAUCGUCCAGCUACUACCGUUCCUGGCACAAGAGCAUGGCUUGCAGCAUCAGCAGCAGGUGGCCAGUGCCGUAGAGAGGGCGAAGCAAGUCACGACGACCGAGCUAAACGCUAUUAUUGGGCAACAACAGGGUCUACAACAGCUACUGCAACAGAUACACGCGCAGCAGUUGCCCCACGGCGCGGUGGUCGGCGGUCUUCCGCCGGCCGGGCUGUUGGGGUUCGCAGGUGCUGCGGCUGCGGCCGCGGCGGCUGUGGUACCGCCGCAUCUCGCCCCACCGCCGCACUCGGCGGCAGCCGCAGCCGCGGCCCAGGCGCAGGCGCAGGCGCUCCUGAAGCCGUCGGACCUGCAACAGCAUCGUACCGCCGCGGAGACGCCCGAGGACCGUAAGCCGAUCCCGCUCACCGACGACCGACUCAGGCGAUCCGUUUCACCGCCGGAGAAAUUCCGCAGCCGCACCCCCGACCUCGAGAGCGAUCCCAAGAGGCGGAAGGAGGAGAAGCUCGGACACGAGAGCGACGGGGAGAAGAGCGACCAGGACUUGGUGGUGGAUGUCGCGAACGAGGAGGCGUCAUCACCGCACGCGAACGGCGAACACUCAGACCCACGUGAGAACGGUACCCUGGAGAAGCUGAGUGCUCCAGGACACGCGGGACCGACAUCCGGCGCCGGCUCCGCUUCCGUGAAAGACAGGCCGCCCUCGCGGAGCGGAAGCUCCUCCGCUCGUAGCACACCGUCUCUGAAAAGUAAAGAUAUCGACAAGCCGGGUACACCUGUGGCGGCGGCGAGGGGGUCGCGCAGUUGUACGCCAACUAUGGGCGGAAUCCCUGGGCCCUUGGCAUCGCGAGUCUAUCAUCCGCCAUCGUCGCAGCAAACGCCACCGCCGGGCUAUCAGGAUUUGCCGUCCCGCGGCAAUGAGCCGCCGCAGUCGUCUUCGCCGUACAGCAACUUACCAUACGCAAGGACAUCCAUGCUCGGUUUCGAUGGCCACGUAAGGAGACCACCGAGAAACGGGAUAAGCGAAGUCCCAGGCGGUAAGAUGGCAAUCUCGUUCCAUGCGAACGGCGAGGGUGAAAUGCAGCCCGUCGCGUUCCCCACGGACGCUCUGAUAGGACCGGGAAUUCCACGUCACGCGCGUCAGAUUAAUACCUUGACUCACGGGGAAGUUGUGUGCGCCGUUACGAUCUCGAAUCCGACCAAGUACGUCUACACCGGCGGCAAAGGGUGCGUGAAAGUCUGGGACAUCGGGCACGAAGGCGGCGGCAGCACCAAGCCAGUGUCGCAGCUGGAUUGUCUGCAACGUAACAAUUAUAUCAGAUCGGUGAAGCUACUGCCGGACUGUAGAACCCUAAUAGUCGGCGGCGAGGCGAGACAGUUGAUCAUCUGGGACCUGGCCAGCCCGACGCCGAGGAUCAAAGCGGAGCUAACCUCAUCAGCGCCGGCCUGUUACGCGCUGGCCAUCUCCCCAGACUCGAAAGUCUGCUUUAGUUGCUGCAGCGACGGCAACAUCGCCGUCUGGGAUCUCCACAACGAGAUCCUGAUCAGACAGUUCCAAGGUCACACGGACGGUGCCUCGUGCAUCGACAUUUCCGCGGACGGCACCAAGCUUUGGACGGGGGGCCUCGACAACACCGUCCGCUCCUGGGACCUGAGGGAGGGCAGACAGCUGCAACAGCACGACCUAAACUCCCAGAUAUUCUCCCUCGGUUAUUGCCCGACCGGGGAAUGGCUGGCGGUCGGUAUGGAAAACUCGAAGGUCGAAGUACUGCACGCGUCCAAGUCCGACAAGUAUUCCCUGCUUGUCCACGAAUCCUGCGUCCUUUCGCUGCGUUUCGCGUCCUGCGGCAAAUGGUUCGUCUCGACCGGCAAAGACAAUCUGUUGAACGCAUGGCGCACGCCGUACGGCGCUUCGAUAUUCCAGUCGAAGGAAUCAUCGUCGGUGCUGAGCUGCGACAUCUCCGCCGACGACAAGUACAUCGUGACCGGGUCCGGGGACAAGAAGGCCACCGUAUACGAAGUGAUUUACUAGACGCCGCACGGUAUAAAUU